GGGGGGGGGGGGGAGGUUGGCCAUGGGACCCUUACGAUCAUCGGUCACAUGCCCUAAAAUUGUUGUCGCCAUGGGAGGAGGGGAGGUGCAAAUGGUUCUCCAGCCACGGAGCCCUAACGACCAUCUUUCCGGGGGCCCUUGUCGUUAAUACUCCGUCCACUUGUAGAGAUCAUCGGCGACCGCCUAGUCCGCCUACCGUUAGGUCCGCCGCUGGUUCAUGACGGUGUUUUUUUUAUCGUGGAGGUGCAUCCUUCCCCCUGCCUGCAGCGUAUACAUCGAGCAGGAGACAGUGUGGCAGUACCCCCGUCGUGGGUUCUAACCGCGUAUGAACCGUCCGCCGUAGCAAGAGGUGACUAUCCGGCUACGUGGUACUCAAGUCCUGAAAAGGCCGGCAUGACCGCGUUGGCUAUUACGCCAAUAAUAAUAAUAAUAAUAAGAACAACUUUCCAUAGCAGUCCACACUCGGGGAAGGUUUUUUUUUGACUUUGGUGCUGCCGGGUUACCGCUGUGGCGCGACAAAUGCACGGAAUGCACUCGACCAAAACAUGAACCUGCCGAUCCGAACACAUUCCAAGGCAUUGCCGGACAAUCGGCGUCAUGUUAACUACUCCAAACCAACAAGCCACCAGAUUCUGGACGGACAGGUGCAGCACCAUACGCGCACCGUAAUAAACAAAUCAAGAAUCCUCUUUUGUAUGGAUUCACUUCAAAAUGUUGUAUCCACUUGCGCCCGCUAGCUGAAUUAGAAAUAAAUGUGCAGCAGAGCCGAUCGCAAAGAUGCCAAUGCCAAUGGUUGUGUUGUCUCUCAGGUAGCGAGAUCGAAAAUGCAUGGACUUUGUAGCCGCAGCAGAUGAAAAUGUACGCAUCAGAAUCAAAUAGUUUUGGGGUUUCCAAACGCACACACACACACAAACACGCGCGCGCAAACUCACACACACACACACACAGACAGGCGCGCGCGCGCACGCGAUAAGGCACCUACGAACGCGCGCACGCGAGAACGCACCUACGAAAGCGCGCACGCAAGCACGCACCCAAGGAAGGCACGGGCAGAAGCGCCGCAAGUACAAGUAAGGCAGGGCAGGGUGAGGGAGGGAGAAGAAGCGGACGAAAAAAUGGGCGCCAAUUUUUUUAAAUUUUUUGAUUUUUUGAUUUUUUGAGCUGUCAAAUCUUCCGCGCCUCCGAUCGCGCCUGCUGUUUCGCAGAGAUACCCAACUUCGGUAUUCCUGAGAUUUUCGCGGUAGCGCGAACCGUUUGUUUUCACUUUUUCUGGUGAAUUCGUUUGAAAAAACGUGUAGGGAAAAGAGUUUUGUAUUUUAUUUUACAUAAACUAUGUGAAAUAACCAAUUUGAUUCGAAAAUUGAUAAACAUUAUUUCUUCUUGGCACAUUCAAUCGUCACCAGACCUCGGAUGGUUCCAUACACGACCCGCGAUUAUCUCGCCUAUCUGUCAGAUUUUAUAACAGAAUUGACAGCUCAAGUCAUACGCGAUUUUCGCGGUACCGCGACGAUCUCGAUUCGUCUAUUUCCAGCCUUACUUUUACCAAAAACAGUUUAAAAAGGGUCGUAAGAUAGGAAUCAGCUCUUUUCCAAACAAACCAUAAAAAACAGAACUUUUUUAGUGCGUAAUACUUUAAAAAUUCAUGUUCAGUCAGAAACUUAUUGCACCUUCGUUUUAAUUCCUAACACUUACUGUUGAUGCUGUUAACUGAUACGCAAUAAUGCAAUGUUGUGAGCGAUAAUUAUUAAGUUUUAUUCGUUGUCUUGACGAUUUUAGUGUAGGACUACCCUGUAUAGUAAGAACAAUUGUAUUAAAUGAAGAAAAACUGCAAUAGCACGAGGAAUUAAUUUUCAUCCCGGCGUUUGUAUGGCCGUUGCCCACUGUGCAAUGGUUCUUCGGGCUUUUAUUGCAGAUUCGCCGAUGCGGGCCACUUUGAAAGGUAUGUUUAUGAUUUUACUAUGGAAGUGAUUAUAGCUUCCAUACCAUAUGUUUUACCAACUUUUCCAUCCGUUUAUUUGCAGCUACAAUGAAUUUCAAUGCAAGACAUGGAUGCUUGAAAUGCACAUGUGUUGGGACAACUAUUCAGGUUGGACCUAAUAAAAAAAAAUUAUUUUAGAUUCCAUCGAUGCACCUCCACGCACGAACGUUGGAUUUAGGCAAAGAGAUGACAAAGCUCAUCAUAAAGAAUGGUGCAGUCCUUUGGAAGCCAUCGAUAACUUUGAUAUGGUCGAAGGAAUGCCAGUGUCCGACAGGUUGCAUUUAUUGGCUGAGGGAAUAUUUCAAAAAAUACUAGUAGGGUUUUUGAACAACACUUUCGAACUAUUAGGCCAUAUUUAUCCUCGUCAGAAGGAAGUAGUAUCUGCCUAUAUUAUCAAAAUUAGGCUUCCUUAUGAAAUACCUCGUAGAAUCCGGUCCCUUGAUGAAAUUGCGCAAUGGAAAGCUACUGAAUACCGUAUCUUCUUCCAUUAUUUAAGCGUAGUUAUACUAGAAGAUUUUUAUCAAUAUGAAGGUUCAUUUAACCAUUUUUUGAUGUUAUUUUCUGCGAUAACAAUAUUUUCUUCAAGGGCCCAUCAACAAUAUUGGUCUCUGGCAAAAAUAAUGUUGGACGAAUUCUUUAGACACUUUGGGAAAUAUUAUGGACGGUCUAACAUAACCAGCAAUGUUCAUAACCUUCAGCAUGUUGCUCAUGAAGUUGAAAAGCUUGGGUCUCUGGAUUUAUAUUCCGCAUACGAUUAUGAAAAUAAUUUAAGAUUUAUUAAGCAAGACGUAAAAUCAGGCACUAAUAUAGUUGAACAAGUAGCUGGUCGUCUAACCGAACGCAGUCACGUAGUAAAAGCCAAAAACAUCGCGAAACUUAUAUACCCGAGACUUAGACCAAACGGCCGUUUCUUUAUUACCGAGGAUUUUUCCCUUCACACACAGUUCCAGAACCAAUGGUUUUUAACUGAAGAAAGGAAUAUUAUUAAAUUUGUAAAAGCAAAGAAAGAUGCUUGUGAUUCCUUUAUAAUUGUUGGCGAUUUAAUCGAAUCAUGUGAGGAACUUUUUAAUGUAGUGUCUGAUGAGGACAAUGUGAUAACAGAUAUACAUUUAUCAUCGACUGAAAUUUGUAUCUACAAAGUUAAGCUUAAUGUUCCUACAAUAAGGGUAGAGGUCCCCUAUACAUCUGUGCUAUGUAAGCUUGUUCCAAUUUUUAAACCAUCGCGGUCUUUAUUGCAAAUGCCUGUAAGGACAACACCCCAGCCAAAUUCAAUAGCUUUAUUUCCUUUGUUACACACGUUUAGGAACGCAUAAUAUGUAAAAUAGUUUAUUAAAAAUUAUUCAACAAAAACAAGCCGUUUAUUUAUUUACUAAUCGUGAUUUUAACUUUAAUAAAUGACAUGAUUUUUAUUAAUUUAAAAUUUCAGUUAAAUAAAUAACUUUGGUUUUUGCGGCACCGCAUCGAACUCAAAAUAGAAAAGAGCUUAUGGCUACCAACUGUAAAAGUAAACGAACGAACAUGUUUUAAUAGUUCACGUAUAUUUAACUAAACAUUAUUUAUAGAGCCCAGGUCUAUUCCAUCUCUUAUAAAACUAAUAUGUUCCUAACAAAGUAAUAGUCAACAAUACUAAAAUAACUAAACUAGUUUGUUUGUUUUUUGUUUCGCUUGUGCGCUUUAUGCACUACGCUUUUAGUUACUCCUCUUGUUAAGCUUGCACUUUUUGCAUUACUAAUUUUGUUUUUUAAGAAUUGCUCGACAUCUUUUUCUGUUGUCUGGGCACCUCCUACCCGUUUGAAGACAUUCAGAAUGUUUCGGUAUGCCACUAACGCUACCUUUUCCGAGCCAUUUCGCGAAACACCUCUCCAAUUGCACUGAACCACAAACUGACGACAAAACACAUUGUAAAAUGAUUCGUGAAUCCUUUGAAAUUUAUCUGUUGAUUGCAUUUGUGCUUUUAACCAGUUUUCUAACGCUUCUGCAUUAGAUGUUAAUAAAAGACUGGACUCUAAACUGUCCAGUUGAUGCUUGUUGGUAACGACCGCAGGAUGAAACAUCGGUCGCUGGACAGUGCUUUCUGUUUCCAGGUUAAUUUCGCUGCUUCUUUCCUUAAAUGCAUUCAUAUUUACAAUAUCCUUUAUUGCAGGGGUCUCCAAACUUUUCAGUUCGCGGGCCGCAUUGCUUCACAAUCAACCUUGUUGAGGGCCAUUUUGACGCUACCUUUAGAAUGAGUGGAAGUUCAAAUCUCGUUUUAAUAAGAAAAUACUAUUGAAAUAUAUCAAAUUACUGCAGCUUUCUUUUAUGGAAUCUUGAUUUUCAUCUUUCAGAAGUAAAAAAAUAAUCUGUUAGAAAAGAAAGCUAUUUUAUUAAACCUUAACCCAGCCCUCGCGGGCCGCAUUAAAGGCGCUUGAGGGCCACAUGCGGCCCGCGGGCCGUAGUUUGGAGACCCCUGCUUUAUUGCAACAGAAAUGCCAGCCACCACCGUGGUCAUUCGUGCCGUUUGCACAAGAUUUGCUUGUGUAGCAGAUUUGAUAAGCUGCAACUCCUGCAAAAUGUUUUCUCCAGGAUUGUUCGCCAUUUUGUUGUUGACUGUAACAUUACCAAAAUAUUAAAUGGAAAUACUUUAACAAUUUGUGGUAACUACUUACUUUUGUGAACUAAAUUAUCGUUGAACUAAGCGUAUUGUAAUCGUAAAAUUUAAGCAGUCCACAAUCUGUUUCGGCGUACAUAAACAAGUGCAUUCACGUUUGAAUCUUCAACAUUGAAUGGAAAAGGUUUUGCAUGAAAAACAGUCAACCUUAUGUCAUAUACAGGCUAAAAAUAAUUCAAGUGAAUAUUUUCUUAGAGAUUGUUAAAUUAUUUCGCCGUGAAGUUAUAAUUUAGAACUGUGGAAAAAGCGACUUACUCGACUUAAGUAUGCAAAGAAAACGGCUUAAAAUGCUUCGACUCGGCUUCUUUAAUGGAAGUACAGGCGGUCCCCGAGAUACACGGUUAAUGGGGACCGAAAACGGCCGCAAAAUACCGCGUAUCUCGAAUUUCCGCGUAAGUCGAAUCUCGUGAUUUCCAGCUAAAAUAUCACAAAUUUUCGUGUAAUUUUGCAAGUAGGGGGCGGUUUUAGUCACUUUAUGAAUUAUUUGACAUGAUUCUGACUGAAUAUAACUCUUUUAAACCUUUUGAAAUAGUUUUUAACAUUCGAUCAAAACGGAAAUUAUUUGGCAAUUUGCAAUUGAUGUGUCAAAUCAGUACAAUUUGCUCAAAGAAUUGUCAAAUUUAGAAAACCGCGUAUCUCCGAAUCCGCGUAUAAGAGGUACCGUGUAUCUCGGGGACCGCCUGUACUCAAAAUUAAAUGAAUAGAAAAACUUCGUUGAUCUCGCUUUAUUUGCCUUAAUCCGGCUUAGUUUUUUCUUUAUUCAAUUUAGGGGUACUGGUCGUGCGAUUAAAAAAAAUCCGUGUCUCUUUCCUUCGCUUAUUUUGUCGCUACUGCCUUCGUGUCUUUUUUAUUCGUGUCGUGGCGGCCCUCUAGCGUUCGGUUCUGUGGUCCGUCGCAGGCGGCCGUCUAGCGCUUGGUUCCAUCCGUCUUGUCGGGCGGCUUGUGAUGGUUGUCUGGCUGUCAAGGCUGUUUUGACAACAAGAACAUAUAUUUAUUUCUGAUUUAAAUAUAAUUUAAAAUAAUGACGACAAUGCCCCUUUUCAAAUAGUUUUAGGCUUUAAAAAGAAAUAUAACACACAUACACCAUCAAUAAUAUUGACAUUAUGGCUGCUGUCACAAUCAUUGACCGAUCUGUCUCAAUGCAAUGUUAGCGCGUUUGACAGUUCCAUCAUUGUUGGUGUUUGCAGCAGCCAUGGCGAGCAAAGGAAUUCUGUUUGCCAAAAAAGUUGUUUUUACAAGGCAAAAUAGCUAGUUCAUGUAAGUUUAAUUGUAAUAUAAUGUCCCAUUCAGUAUUUUUUAACAGGUGUGUCGCAAAUUUUAAGCGUGAUGUGAAUAACAAGACGGAAAAAGGAUCCUCGAAAUUGCUCAACAUCUAGCAUUCAACAGCACCAUGCUUCACUGCAUUACCAAUAAAUGCAUUUAUUCUACGCUGUGCCAUUCAACUAUGGUGUAAAAUAUUUCAUGAACACACGGAGGAAAUCCUCACACGAAGAAGUGCCGGUACAGAAGGAAAAAGGCCCCCGAAAGAGUGAUAAAUCAGUCGAUGAAGUGAAGAUUAUUAUUAUAAUGCGUUGUAAAUUGCUUAUUGUUACGUUAAAUGUUAAAAUAUAUCCCUUUUUUGAAACGA